AUGGCGGAACGGUACAUCCCCGAGCAUCGCCGCACUCAGUUCAAGGCCAGGAACCAGUUUCGCCCCGAUGAGCUCCGUCGCCGCCGUGAGGAACAGCAGGUCGAGAUUCGGAAGCAGAAGCGCGAGGAGAACCUAGCCAAGCGACGAGGCAUUCAGACUCGCGAUGGUGGAAUCGGUGUGGGUGGUGGCAUGGCUGCCGCCACUGAGAGCGACGACGAGGCUUCGGCCAUCGAGAGCGAGCUCAACGUCGAACUCCCCCAGAUGGUGAAGGGUGUUUUCUCCGACCAGGUUGAGGAGCAGAUCCAGGCCACCACUAAGUUCCGGAAACUGCUGUCCAAGGAGCGCAACCCGCCCAUCGAGCGGGUCAUCGAGACCGGUGUUGUGAGCCGUUUCGUGGAAUUCCUUCGCUCCCCCCACACCUUGGUGCAGUUUGAGUCUGCCUGGGCCUUGACCAACAUUGCCUCCGGAUCCGCCCAGCAGACCCAAGUCGUCAUCGAAGCCGGCGCCGUGCCCAUCUUCGUUGAACUGCUCAGCAGCCCCGAGCCUGAUGUUCGGGAACAGGCCGUGUGGGCGCUUGGAAACAUUGCUGGUGACAGCCCUCACUGCCGUGACUUCGUUCUGGGUGCUGGUGCCCUGCGCCCGCUGCUCAACCUCAUCAACGAUGGCCGCAAGCUGAGCAUGCUCCGCAACGCCACCUGGACGCUCAGCAACUUCUGCCGCGGCAAGACCCCGCAGCCCGACUGGAACACGAUCGCCCCUGCCCUCCCCGUCCUCGCCAAGCUUAUUUACAUGCUGGACGACGAGGUCCUGAUUGACGCCUGCUGGGCCAUCUCUUAUCUGUCUGAUGGUGCCAACGACAAGAUCCAGGCCGUGAUCGAGGCCGGUAUCCCCCGCCGCCUUGUUGAACUCCUCAUGCACGCUUCCACUUCCGUGCAGACCCCUGCGCUCCGCUCUGUCGGCAACAUUGUCACCGGUGAUGAUGUCCAGACCCAAGUGAUCAUCAACUGCGGUUCGCUCCCCGCACUGCUUUCGCUUCUGAGCUCCACCAAGGAUGGCAUUCGGAAGGAGGCUUGCUGGACAAUCUCCAACGUCACGGCUGGUAACUCGAGCCAGAUCCAGGCCGUCAUUGAUGCUGGCAUCAUUGCCCCGCUGAUCAACCUGCUCGCCAACGGCGACUUCAAGACUCGCAAGGAGGCCUGCUGGGCUAUCUCCAACGCGACCUCCGGUGGUCUUCAGAAGCCUGAUCAGAUCCGCUACCUUGUUUCCCAAGGGUGCAUCAAGCCCCUCUGUGAUCUGUUGGCCUGCCCCGACAAUAAGAUCAUCCAGGUUGCCUUGGACGGUCUGGAGAACAUCCUGAAGGUCGGUGAUAUGGACAAGGAGUCUGGUCAGGGUGAGGCUCGCGUCAACCGCUACGCUCUGUUCAUCGAGGAAGCUGGUGGCAUGGAGAAGAUCCACGAUUGCCAGAACAACGCCAACGAGGAGAUCUACAUGAAGGCUUACAACAUCAUCGAGAAGUACUUCUCGGAUGAGGAUGAGGCCGCCGGUGACAUCGAUGAGCUGGCUCCCCAGCAAACCCAGACCGGUUUCGCUCUUGGCACCGGCCAGCAGCAGCCCGGCGGAUUCAACUUCGCCAACGGCGGCGGUGACUCCAUGGACAUGUAA